AUGUCCAUCACACUUUUAAGAAAAUAUCUGGCAAAGGAAGAAGACGAGCCAAGUGCUGGUGAAAUUCCUGUUAAAAGGAAAAGGACAUUUGAAGAGAUCUAUGCUGAGCUCUUACAAAAGGAAAAAGACAAGCAGAUUUUGAGGCCUGAAAAACAAAUUAAAAAGAGAAAGCACAAAAAAGUCGAGAAAAUGCCAAAGCAGUUUAAAAGUAAAUUGGAGAGAAUUGAAGAAAGUGACAUCUCAGUAGACCCGAAAGCGCUAUAUGAACAAAACUUAGAAAGGCUUAAAAAGAAGAAACCAAGUAAAAUUUCUCAAGAAAUCAUACAAAAAUUAACAAGAAAAUAA